CCGCAGGGCGGGGUCUGGUGCUGCCGGGAGGAGUUGGGGGCGGGGGAAAGGAGGCAGCUGCCAGUGGACAUGGCGGCGGGCCGCAGCAGGGCUGUGUUUGCCGUCUUUGGCGUGCUUAGUGUUUGUGCGGUCAGCGGCUCUGGGCCCGUGGCUGCGGGGGAGACGGGCGGGGAGGCGGAGUGGACGGAGCCUUGGGAUGGUGCGGUUUUCCGGCCGCCCUCAGCGCUGGGCGCGGUGGGGGUGGCGCGCAGUCCGGGGACCCCCCGGCCAGGGAGGGAGGAGGCGGGGGACUUGCCCGUGCUGCUGUGGUGGAGCCCAGGGCUAUUUCCCCACUUCCCUGGCGACUCGGAGCGCAUCGAGUGUGCGCGCGGUGCGUGCGUGGCGUCCCGGGACCGACGGGUGCGGGGGCACUCGCGGACGCGCGCGCUGCUCUUCUAUGGCACUGACUUUCGCGCGUCGGAGGCGCCGCUGCCGCGCCUGGCACAUCAGAGCUGGGCGCUCCUGCACGAGGAGUCGCCCCUCAACAACUUCGUGCUGAGCCACGGUCCGGGCAUCCGCCUCUUCAAUCUCACUGCCACCUUCAGCCGCCAUUCUGACUACCCGCUGCCGCUGCAGUGGCUGCCCGGGACCGCCUACCUGCGCCGCGCCGCGCCUCCGCUACAGGAGCGCGCGGAGUGGCGCCGUCGCGGCUACGCGCCGCUGCUCUAUCUGCAGUCCCACUGCGACGUGCCUGCGGACCGGGACCGCUACGUGCGCGAGCUGAUGCGUUUCAUCCCGGUGGACUCCUAUGGGAAAUGCCUGCAAAAUCGGGAGCUGCCCACUCCGCGGUUACAGGACACAGCCACAGCUACCACCGAGGAUCCAGAGCUCUUGGCCUUCUUGUCUCGCUAUAAGUUCCACUUGGCCCUCGAAAAUGCCAUCUGUGAUGACUACAUGACAGAAAAACUGUGGCGCCCCAUGCAUCUCGGGGCUGUGCCUGUGUAUCGCGGCUCUCCCUCUGUGAGGGACUGGAUGCCCAACAAUCACUCCAUCAUCCUCAUUGAUGACUUUGAGUCACCUCAGAAGUUGGCAGAAUUUAUUGACUUUCUGGACAAGAAUGAUGAGGAAUACAUGAAAUACUUGGCAUAUAAGCAACCUGGGGGCAUCACCAACCAGUUCCUUCUGGAUAGUCUGAAGCAUCGGGAAUGGGGAGUGAAUGAUCCUUUGCUGCCUAACUACCUCAAUGGUUUUGAGUGUUUCGUCUGUGACCAUGAACUGGCUCGGCUGGAGGCCGAGAAAGCCCACGCAGCCUCUCCUGGGGACAUCCCUGGCCCUGAACCUCACAUUGCCCAGCCCUCACACAUGGACUGCCCGGUGCCCACACCUGGCUUUGGCAGUGUGGAAGAGAUUCCUGAGAAUGACAGGUAA